CGGUCGUGAUUGGACGUGUAAACGCGUAUUCUUUCCUUCUCACGUGCUGUAGGAAGCUUUCUAGCUUUUGAUACUCUUGUAUCUAGCCGCGUGCGUGUGAGAUGCCGAUCUAUCGAUAGAUCUACUUUAUCGACGUGUUGCGACUAUCAGCGCAUUUCAACCAAUUUAGAAGUAUUGGAACAAAACUUGUUUGUUUUGAUUUGGUGGGAAAGGUAUGAGAAAACUGUGAGUGAAAAAUGUUUCUGAAGACGACACAUAAAAUUCAUGAAACAAGUGUGCAGCGUAGUUUCUUUAUUUCAACUAACUUAUGGAAAAUGUACCAGUAUAAAUUGCUUUGCUAACUUGAAAUCGACGAUAGCAUCAGUGAGAAGAUUGGCGCACCGUAAGCUCAAUUUCAACCUGAAGCGGUAAUAGUGUAAAGGGAGAAGAAUGAAACUACAUCUUUUGGCUGGAAGCUGCAACCAAAACCAUGAAGAAGGAACUUCGCUCCUGUACGGCGUGCGGUGAACCAAUCUCUGAUAAGUACCUGCUAGACGUUGGUGGCUGCUCCUGGCAUUCCGCCUGUCUAAGGUGCUGCAUAUGCCACACCCCGCUUGAUCACCAGCCGUCUUGCUUCCUGAAGAACAGGCGGAUUUACUGUAAACCUGACUAUGCAAAAACAUAUGGAGCAAAAUGUGCACGAUGCAAUCAAAGUAUAGCUGCUUCUGAUUGGGUCCGUCGAGCUCGAGAACUGAUCUUCCACCUUGCCUGCUUUGCCUGUGAUAGCUGUGGACGCCAAUUGUCCACUGGGGAACAAUUUGCCCUUGCCGAUGAGAAGGUGCUUUGCAAAACGCACUAUGCGGAGAUGUUUGACUGCGGAACUUCUAGUGAUGAUGGAUUUGAAGCUGACGAUUACCAAAAGAACAGCAAGACAAAACGAGUUCGGACCACCUUCACGGAAGAACAGUUGCAGAUUUUGCAAGCAAACUUCAACAUCGACAGUAAUCCAGAUGGACAGGAUCUCGAGCGAAUUGCGUCUGUGACUGGCCUCAGUAAGCGAGUUACCCAGGUGUGGUUCCAAAAUUCGCGUGCUCGUCAGAAGAAGCACGUUCAAGUUCCUAGGGAUGGCGAUUUGAAUCCAUUCGCCAGACACAUCAACCUCCAGUUAUCGUACACAUUCCAACACAAUCCGGUUCACUUAGCACAUGCUGGACAAACUGGCAAUAUACACCAUACUACUGGCAACAUGGGCCCUAGUUUCCAUAACAAUAACACCAUCAACUCGACAAAGUCCUCGCCGUAUAGUAGACACAGUUCUUUGGAUGACUUAUCAGAAGAUUCAGCGGUUCAUUGCAUGCAGAGUGAGAUAUGAGUAGACUCCAUCAAAAACUAAGUCAGAGAUUCAGAGAACAGCUAGAACUUGAACCUUUAAACAACCGUCUCACCCUGUUGUUAGUGUACGAGAUGCUACCAGCAACCAUAGUGCCUUAAAGGCGAAAUUUGAUCGUACGACAAAAGGCUUUCAAAGAUCAGUAUCUUUUCUUGAAUUCAUCCAGGGCUCAGUUUUUUUUUGUCUGUGCUACAAACUAGCGAUUAAAUGCCGAAAGGAAACUACCCAGUGACGGAUCAAUCCUUAGCCUAUCACUAAUCGCACUGCAGGCCGCUGUUAUGGUAUUUAUCUGGGAUUUUUAUUAAUGCUUGCUUUGAUGUCACAAUGCACAUUGGGGUGUUUUUGUCGAAGGUUAAAUACACUAAUUAGUAUUUUAGUUAACCGCUAGAAGUUUUUCUGAUAAACACACUUCUGGCAUGUUUAAUACCACUUUUACUACGAAUUAUUGCAGGCUUUUUCGGGUGCCACUAAAACUUAUUAUGUUCAUUCAAGAAAAGGAUAAUUGUAUUAACUGUAAAUUAUAUGUUCUAAUUUGCUUUUAUGUACAAGUUUGGUGACCCUAAUUGUAUAUAUUUCGGAUAAUUAUGUGUGAAUUGUAAUGUUUAAGUGUAAUUUAUUUUAUAUGAUGUUUUAGUAUAGUUCAAAUAGAUAAGAACUGUGUGCCAGGACUAACAUGGUUUAACUUAUCUGACGUAACGCAAAUGUAAUUUGCAGAUAUUUAAGAUAUUAGGUAAAUUAUUUUUGUAGUUAUCAUUGAAGAAUCCUUUGUAACGAAAAAGUGCAUACGGAUAAAGUUGUAGUCAGCA